AUGACCCUAUCACCUCGCAGGCAAAAUGCAGUCAGCCUGAUACUCGCCCAAGGAUCUCCUUCCCCUGUUGCGGUGACGCGGCAGACAAUAAUUGAACAGGCAAGCGAGAUAUUCGGGAAGCAGCUUCUACAACCAUGGAAUCGUCAGAGGACCCCCCUGAGGUUGAAGAAAAAGUUUCUGGAAACUCGUGCUUUAGUUUCAAGUUCGACUUCAAGAAUCUUCCUGGACCAUGGAGGAUUCCAAGCUUGGCUUGCCUAUUUUCUUGCAACAGAAGGCAAGGCUCAUUUUAAAGGCCGUCACGACAGACUGUCUGUGCUCGCCGUAUUCACGAGGUUGACGUCAGAUGAGCAAGCGAACGUCGCCAGGAGGGUAGCGGAUCUCCACGCAGUACCCAGCUCAACCGGGAUAACUUCGCCAAAAGACGGACUGGCCGAUUCCCUCCCAAUUGCCGACAAUGGGUCCUUGCAACAUAUCAUUCUCGAAAAGGCUUCAGUCGAAGGUCUUGUGGAUGUUUUUGGCCCUUACCUCUGUGGCGCAAUAAGAAGGGACACAGUUGAUAACGGAGCAUCACUCAAAGCUGCCGUUACCAUGGACUUCCCCUUUGAUGGAUUGGUAGAUUGCCUCAUGAGCUUGGCUAUCCACCAGAAUAAAGUCGAAUACCUGGCGUUCGCCCUGUUCAACGUACAUGUGGAAUCAGAGGGCCGGGUUCGUUACGUGAUGUUGAACGAAGGAGCCAAGUUGAUACCCAACCCAGAAAUGACGUUGAAAGGGGCACGAGAUGACGCGAUUCUUCGUAUACUCGGCGUGGAGAUUCACGAGGCGAUCAAAACCAGUCGUAUGCGCAAGAAGGAGCUAGAAGAGGGCAAUCUCGUGACGGAAUGCGUAUCCAUGAUAUUUACGGACAGAUCAGAUGAAGGAGCUGUGAUCAAUUUGUCCUUGGGACUGAAAGGUGGCGCUCAAAUACAGAACAAGUUAUAUACAUAG